AUGAGGAACGAAGAAUCUCCUUAUCAUCUUUCUAUGCUGAAAAAUAUUGUCGAUAUCCAUUACGGAUUUACAAAGUCUUCUCAAUGUAUUAAUUCAAUCUUAGGCAGCCAUGACCAAGCAGGCAACCGGAAAAACAGAUGGGAAGCAUGGCGGUUAUUUUGUUUCUCUCUUUGGUGGGAGAGACAAUUGGCAUACAAGGGCUCAAUGCCGCAUGUGGUGGCAGCAGCAAAUAAAUUACGUCUUGAAGAACCUGCACUAACGGAUGAAUAUACUCCUCCUGAAUUUAUACAUGAAGAUUCACAUAAUAGGGUCUUAGGUCAGUCCUAG